CAUGCGAGGAGAAGAUUGAUGUCAAAUUAGAGAAGAGCGAGGUCAAAUCAGAGGAGGAGAUACUUAUUGAUGAAAAUAAUGAGGAUUCCUUGCUUAUGCCAAAAGCCUUGACUGAUGUGGAAGAAAAGUUGCUUGAAGAUCGGGUGAAGGAAGAGGAGGCAGAAAAGGCGGCAGAGCAGUUACCCAACUUGAAUAACACUCAGAUUACCAAGUUGGAUGAGCUCCUAACACAAACUCAGCUUUACUCGCAGUUUUUGCUUGAGAAAAUGGAUAACAUCACACUUAUUGGAGCCGAGCAGCAGACUGAAACUGUUGAGGAAAAGAAAGGUCGUGGUAGAAAAAGAAAAGCCACUGCAACCUACAAUAACAAGAAGGCCAAGAGGGCAGUUCAAGCUAUGCUUACAAGAUCUAAAGAGGGUGAGAAAACUGAAGAUGUGGACCUCACUGAGGAAGAAAGAGUUGAGAAAGAGCAAAAGGAACUUGUGCCUCUGUUGACUGGUGGAAAAUUGAAGUCUUAUCAAAUCAAAGGUGUAAAGUGGUUGAUCUCAUUAUGGCAAAAUGGGCUGAACGGGAUCCUUGCAGAUCAAAUGGGACUUGGAAAAACUAUCCAGACCAUUGGUUUUCUUGCUCAUCUGAAAGGGAAUGGAUUGGAUGGGCCGUAUUUAGUGAUUGCUCCUCUGUCUACUCUCUCCAACUGGGUAAAUGAAUUCUCAAGGUUCACCCCUUCAAUAAAGGCUAUGGUCUACCAUGGGGACAAGAAACAGAGGGAUGAGAUACGAAGGAAGCACAUGCCUAGAGCAAUUGGCCCUAACUUCCCUAUAAUUGUUACUUCUUAUGAAGUUGCAAUGGCUGAUGCAAGAAGAUUUUUGAGACAUUACAAGUGGAAAUAUCUUGUGGUUGAUGAAGGACACAGAUUGAAAAACUCAAAGUGCAAGUUAUUGCAGCAAUUGAAAUUCUUACCUAUAGAAAAUAAGAUUCUGUUGACUGGAACACCUCUGCAGAAUAAUCUGGCAGAGCUUUGGUCAUUGUUGAACUUCAUUUUGCCUGAUAUAUUCUCAUCCCAUGAAGAAUUUGAGUCAUGGUUUGAUUUAGCAGGAAAGUGCAAUGGUGAAGCAAUGAUGGAAGAACUGGAAGAGAAGAGAAAGGCCCAAAUGGUAGCAAAACUCCAUGCCAUAUUGCGUCCCUUUCUUCUUCGAAGAAUGAAGACUGAUGUUGAGCAGAUGCUUCCUAGGAAAAAGGAAAUCAUAUUAUAUGCGUCCAUGACAGAACAUCAAAAACAUUUACAGGAACAUCUGAUAAAUAAGACACUGGAGAAUUAUCUACUUGAGAAGGGGGACCGUGUACGCGGUAUGAAGGGAAAGCUUAACAAUUUGAUGGUCCAACUUCGGAAGAACUGCUGUCAUCCUGACCUUUUAGAGGCUGCAUUUGACGGCUCGUAUUUCUACCCACCUGUUGAACAGAUGGUUGAGCAGUGUGGCAAAUUUAGCUUGCUGGACAGACUGUUGAAGCGGCUGUUUGCCCGCAAACACAAAGUUAUAAUCUUCUCUCAGUGGACUAAGAUUUUGGAUAUAAUGGAUUACUAUUUUGGUGAGAAAGGAUUUCAAGUCUGUAGAAUUGACGGUAGUGUGAAACUUGAAGAACGGAAACGACAGAUUGCAGUGUUCAAUGAUGUGGACAGCAAUUAUAGAAUUUUUCUUCUAAGCACCAGAGCUGGUGGACUGGGUAUCAACCUUACUGCAGCUGAUACUUGUAUACUGUAUGACAGUGAUUGGAACCCUCAAAUGGAUUUGCAGGCCAUGGAUCGAUGUCACAGAAUCGGUCAAACGAAGCCUGUUCAUGUUUACAGAUUGACAACAGCACAAUCUGUAGAGGGUCGGAUUUUGAAAAGAGCUUUUAGCAAGUUGAAGCUUGAACACGUGGUGAUUGGGAAAGGGCAGUUCCAUCAAGAUAAGGCAAAGCCUGGUUGUACCGAUGUCCUCGAGGAAGACGAUCUUAUAGCUUUGCUCCGAGAAGAAGAAUCUGCUGAAGACAAGAUGAUACAGACCAUGAUUACUGACGAAGAUUUGGAGAGGGUGUUGGAUCGCAGUGAUCUGGUGGUUACUCCUGAUGAUCAUAAGGAAGAGAAGGCCGAUGGCAUUGCCGGUGCUCUCCCCCUUAAGGGCCCUGGCUGGGAGGUGGUGUUACCAACUGCAGGGGGAGGCAUGCUCGCCACCCUCAAUAGUUAGAUUUAACUGUUAUUUGAACUUGGUAGGGGUAGUUUAGUUAUUUACACAUCAGUGGAUUUUGGAUGAUGUUUUUUUAGUAUGGAAAGUUACCCCUGGUGAUAUGGGAGCUAAAAUGGAGGGGCUCGAUUAUUUUGUAUAUGGUAGAAAUCGAGCUGUAUUUUUGUAUUGGGAAGAUCCAAGUUCCAUGCCAAGACACUCGUCGAAGUUGAAGUUUCAAUGUUUAAUGAAAAUGGCCCAGCCAUAUCAAGUUAUUAGUUAAA